GAUCACGUGGUUUCUACUACGAUUAGCUGAAGUUGGAGAAAAGUUUGACAAACCCGAGGAGCUUCGACAGAGCUGCAAAAGAACCCGGACACAAGCAGACACAAACGAGCGAACGGGUAUCUAAACUAACGGUGGUUUUCUCCUGUGGAACGAUGGACUCUGUCGCCCAGAAAGUGCUGACUUCAGGAUUCAGUUUUGACUGGGGACCUCUGAAGGAGCCUUUGGCAUUUAUCCGCCUGCUGGAAUGGCUGUUCUCCAUAUUUGCAUUCGCCACAACUGGAGGUUACACCGGCGCAACCAGCAUCAACAUCAUAUGCGGAGGCGGAGGCAAUAAUGAAAUACAGGCAGUGUUUAACUACCCAUUCAGGUUGAUGCAGCAUCCUUAUAAUGUUCCUGACUGUAAAAUCAACCAGACUACCACCACUACUUACUACCUGACAGGAGACCAUGCAUCCUCGGCAGAGUUUUUCGUCUGCAUUGGAGUGUUGGCCUUCCUUUACAGUACUGCCACACUAGUCCUCUACUUGGGCUACCAGCACCUGUAUAGAGAAUCCAGUCGUGGCCCCAUUGUGGACCUGUUGGUUACAGCGGCCAUGACCUUCCUGUGGUUGGCCUCAUCCUCUGCUUGGGCUAAAGGCUUGUCUGAUGUGAAGUGGGCCACCAGUCCUUCAACCAUUCUGUCUUUAAUUGCUGUUUGCAAGGAUGACAAAAACAAGUGCACCCCGGGUGCUAUGCCUCACAUGGGCCGACUACACGCCUCAGUGAUUUUUGGUUUUCUUAACCUGAUCCUGUGGGGUGGCAACUGCUGGUUCAUUUUCAAGGAAACACCUUUCCACAAAGAAACAACCAUCCAACAGCCUCCAGAUGUGGAGGGGGGUGUUAGGCCAUCGUAACUGCACAGCUUCUUCAUCUCAAAACUGUCUAACAUGUAGUUUUAUUGAAGGAGUCGUUUUUGUACUAAUUGUUAAAAGUAAAUAUUGUGGAAUAUAAGGUAGACAUUUCUAAAAACCAACUGCUCCUUUUUUGUGAAGUUAUUAAUUUUAUAUUCAGAGUUGUAUUAAAGAAGCUAUUUGUAAGUUUAGCUAUUGCUACAUAGCAAACAUUAGCAUUAACAGCUGUUUACUCACCAGUCUU